ACCUGCGAUCUGGGGUAGACUUGGGUGGAAGAAACCAGGCGGGCAGGAGCACCGCCAGGGACGCGUUUGCUUUCCCGCGGACUCGCACAGCGUUGCCCGCAAUGGCUCUGUGGGCACCAGGUGAAGCCGAGCUCCAAGACAAGGUGUGCUACCCACUCGAGAGGUUCCAGAGCACCCCCCAACAACUGGCUGCCUACUACCCGCCUUUUUCUGCCUAUGGGCACUACAGGAGUGCCUUGUCCAGCACCGAGGAGGAUUUCCAGCCGCUAGGGCGUCUGGAGGCAGCGGUGUCUGCGUCCCAGGGGUUGACUCCUUUCCCCUUCCCGAUGGCACCUCCCUUGUUGACCUCGGAUCUGGCUCUACAGAGGGAGCCACUCUGUGAUCUGACUUGGUACAGCAAGAUGUCACUGUGGUACCCAAUUCCUCACCUCCCCAGGGAGGUGCCACACUUUCCGAGUAGCCAUGAGUACUCCAGUGCCAGCAACGAAGAUUUGGUCCCCGUUGGUGGCCGCAGCGACAGUGGCCAGGGUUGUGGACCUGAUACUUCAAUUCCGCCGCUUCCUAAGGAGGCCUCCUUGUCAUCGGAGGGGCAAAAGACCUCCCAGUUAGCAUCUCGGUCCCCCAGCAAGAGAUUUGAGGAUGGUCCCAAACAGCUAGACCCAGAAGGGAAAUCACCUCCUCCUUGUUUCCACUUCACGAAGGAGGACCUGCACUUCGUUCUUUAUGGGGUUACUCCCAGCCUGGAACAGCCAGCCCGCUUCCACUAUGCGAUUUCCGGCUUACUCGUCCCCGCAGACAGUUCUGGGUCUGAUCAUAUUCCUCAAGUUCUGGAUAAAGACUCCCUUCAGCUUCCAGAAGGUCUCUGCAUCAUGCAGAUGAUGUUUGGUGAAAUUCCACAUUUUGGUGUGUUCUGCAGUAGCUUUAUUGCCAAAGGAAUCAGGUUUGGGCCCUUUGAAGGUAAAGUGGUCAAUGCCAGUGAACUCAAGACCCACAGAGACAAUUCUCUGAUGUGGGAGGUCUUUGAAGGUGGUAAUUUGAGCCACUUUAUAGAUGGAAAAGGUACAGGGAAUUGGAUGACCUAUGUCAACUGUGCCCGAUUUCCGAAGGAGCAGAACCUGGUUGUCAUACAGUGUCAAGGGCAGAUAUUUUAUGAGAGCUGCAAGGAGAUCUACCAGAACCAAGAGCUCCUUGUGUGGUAUGGAGACUGCUAUGAGAAAUUUCUGGAUAUUCCUGUGAGCCUUCAGGUCACUGAGCAGGGCAUGUCGCUAUCUAAUCCUUCUGAAGAAUCUGAAGAAGGUUACAGAUGUGAAAGAUGUGGGAAAGUGUUUACCUACAAAUACUACAGAGAUAAGCACCUCAAGUAUACCCCCUGUGUGGACAAGGGUGAUAGGAAAUUUCCCUGUUCCUUCUGCAAUCGAUCUUUUGAGAAGCGGGACCGGCUGCGAAUCCACAUCCUUCACGUUCAUGAGAAGCACCGGCCUCACAAGUGUUCUACAUGUGGGAAAUGUUUCUCUCAGUCCUCCAGCUUGAACAAGCACAUGCGAGUUCACUCUGGAGACAGACCCUACCAGUGUGUGUAUUGUACAAAGAAGUUCACUGCCUCCAGCAUACUCCGCACACACAUUAGGCAGCAUUCUGGGGAGAAGCCCUUCAAGUGCAAGUACUGUGGGAAAUCCUUCGCUUCCCAUGCUGCCCAUGACAGUCAUGUCCGGCGCUCUCACAAGGAAGAUGACGGUGGCUCCUGCCUCAUUUGUGGGAGAACCUUCCCAGAUUCAGAUGCUCUUUAUUGCCACAUGCAGUUUCAUGGAAACCUCUAGCCAUCCAAGUGAAGCAGUGUGAGAAUGGAGCAGUGUGAAAACCAAGGACUUGGAUGCCCUCCUUCUGGUUUUGUUAUAGGUGUGUCAUAGGAACAACUGGUCAUCCUAUUGAACUGGCCUAUCUGCUGAACUUACCAGAAUAUUGACUGUGGCUUUUGCCGAAAGGUCUUUCACAAUUGUUCAUGAGACUAGAAUGCUGAUCAGCUUACCUACAAAUAGUGAGAGCUGCAGGGUGACAGUGCCUGAGGGCCUGAAGAUCCAACAGAAGCCCCCAGAGCAUCCAUCCAAGUCCCUGAAGCUCGGGGAUGACAGACCAAGUCCUAGGUUUCAUAAUCAAAGAAAAGAAGAUCUUCUCUCUGCUAUUUGCUGUGGGUCCUUGAUUGUACUGUCUGUGGCUGUCAACUGUUGAAUUUCUUCACAGAACAAAUUUUCCUAAUAUUCACCCAAGCCAGAACUUUUUCAGAUGUGAAUUAGUCUUUGAUAUUUAUUUGGAUUCAUUUUAAAUCUUUUGUUCCUACCCCUCCCCCACCACACGAUAAAUGUAUGUUUAGCACCAAACAGAAUUAGAGGG